AUGCCUGGGCAGCUCUCUGCAGCGGCUGUGCUCUUCCUGUCUCUUGCUGUGAUUUUACAUGGCCGUCAAAUGAGAGAAAAAGAAUUUCCAAAAAGCAGAGACUAUCUUCAAUAUACCUCAACAGUUACAGGACAGACCACAGCAAAACCUCUCUUACAGCUAACUAACCAAACACAUCAUGAAACUUUAGCAGCAAGACCAAGGGAUGGUGACAUUCAAAUGUCUGCUGAAGACAACACCUCUGAAAAUGCAGCUCAUACGACAACCAAAACAAUAAUCCCAGUAACUACAAAAAGCCUUCUACCCAGCAGCCCAGCUAACUAUACCAUUGUUACACCUAAUAGCUCACAUGUGACUACUUUAUCUACUGAAGGUACCAUUGGCCCUAGUUUAGUUGCACAUUUACCAAUUCAUACAACUGGAGCUAGUCUAUCCACUGUCGACCAUAUAACUUCGAGAACUACCCAACUUGGUGGUCAGACUACCCUCCACCAAACAUUUUUCACAGCAUCACACAAAAGCACAACCAAUCAGAAGUCAACUCUACCCACCAAUGUCCCAGGAGCAUCAGUACCUACACACAAUGUCAGCUUUGCAACCUCACCUGCCCCCAUAGUUCCUGGGCCCACACUUGCAACCCAGUCAUCACCAGCCAAGACAGGAACGUAUGAAGUCCUAAAUGGAAGCAGGCUUUGUAUAAAAGCAGAGAUGGGGCUAGAGCUGAUUGUUCAAGAAAAGGAUUUGGAUUUUGCAACUCAGAGACACUUCAACAUUGACCCCAGCCUAACCCAUGCAUCCGGAAAAUGUGGCUCCCAAAAAUCCAACCUCUUCUUGGAUUUCCAAGGUGGAUCAGUGAAUAUCACAUUCAUCAAGGAAGAAAACUCAUACUAUGUCAGUAAAGUGGGAGCCUAUUUGACUGUCUCAAAUACAGAAAGGACUUAUCAGGGAAUGACGCACCGUAUGGUGAUGUUUGAGACAGUUGUUGGGCAUUCCUUCAAGUGUGUGAGUGAGCAGAGAAUCCAGCUGUCAGCUCAGCUUCAGAUGAAGACAACGAACAUCCGUCUCCAAGCCUUUGAUUUCGAAGGAGACUGCUUUGGAAAUGUGGAUGAGUGCUUGUCUGACUACACAGUUGUACUUCCUGUGGUUGGGGCCAUUGUGGUCGUCCUCUGUAUUGUGGGUCUGGCUGUCUACAAAAUCCGCCAAAGGCACCAGUCAUUGGGAUACCAGAGAAUCUAA